ACUAUUUCAGUAGGAUAAGACUUACAAUUAUAAUGACACAAAUCCAAGGAAUACACACCAAUAUGUUGUUUAAAAGUUCGUAUAAAACUGAUUAUUUGUCUAAUCAUUUGCAAACAAGUUAUCGAUUUUAUAUUCCCAAUGAAGAAAAAUAUACAAAGCCAUUUAAUUCCUUCAAAGAUAGACGUUUAACACGUAUAGCAAAUAAUACAGAUUGCAUUGUACAAAUUUCAAAUUCGACUCACCUUCAUCGAGGACAAUAUAUGAGAAUAGUUUACAUAAUAGGUGCGAAUUGUAUGAACAUUGAGCUGUGUAUACGACGAAUUGAAGAAAGUUUCCCACAAUUUUAUGCAUUAGCACCAUUGGAAAAAUCAUUAAGUCAGUUAAAAGAACCAACGUUAAAAGAUGUAUAUCGAUACAACACUAAAGAGAAUAUUUCAGACGGAAUUGAAACUACAGUAACAUAUUAUAAAUUAACAUUUUUUAUUUUAUCUAGUCAAUAUGCUGCAUAUUUGAAAUGGUGUAAAGGAAGAGUUCAUAGGAUAAUUGAAAAAAUGAACUGUCAUAUAGUUGUGUCUGGAAAAGACUACUCAGAUGUAGGCUUUGUAAGACGGUAUGCCGUAAUACUUGGAUUAAAAAAACAAAAAGUUAUUUAUGCUUAUAAAUUGUUUCACACAAGUUUCUUAGCAAAAUACUUGUAAGUAACGAAUAAAAUAUUUCAUAAAUUCGAUAAAAAGAACAUUUUCCAGGGACGUCUUUUGUUCUUACAUGUAAACUACCUAAUCUACAAAAAAGGACUGUAUUUGUAUGUUAACAACAGUGGUUCAGUGGUAGAAAGCUUGCCAACCCACCCACCCCCAUGUGAUCCAGGCCCGUAAACUCUUUAAACUUCGCGUAGCCGGUAGUAAGCCCCAUAAAGAGAGGAGCCUGGUUGUGUGAUUAACAGCCUCACUCUGUAAAAACAACUCUACUUCAACUGAAACUUCAAAACUGUAAGGACUAUGUUUCACUCUGGAAGCAAAGGAUUAAAAAAAUUCCUAGAAAUUAUGGGAGAUAGCAGUGAUAUCACAUUUUCAGGAUCGAUUUACGCAGAUAACGGGAAUAUUUUAAUAACUUCACAAUAUCUGAUGUAAGGUGAAACAGUCGACAUACUGAUACACGGGAUAAAUUUCAUGUUAAAAAAUAGAGCUGAAGUUACCUAGAUAAAGUUGAAGUGAAACAAUUUAGACCACGUUAUGUGCCCCUCAUUUUGUUUAAACUUAAAACCAUCUAAAACUAGUUUGAACAAAUCUAAAUCAUCAGGUCGAGGUAGAAUAUUUCUUAUGAUGCGAUUGGACAACAUCUAAUCCCCAGCUUAUGCAACCAACUAAACUAGCUGUUUAUCGACUUAGCUUUCCGAAGUAGUUAAUAUUUGUGUGUAAUGUAUUUUUUUAUAAUAAACCUCGAUUUUUCUCACUAGUUUGGACCAGCCUGUCUUCUAUUAUUAUUUGUCUGGCCUUUGGAAGUCAAGAGUGACCAAGAAUAGAUAUUGAUAUUCGGCCAGCAGAUGAGUUACUUAUCACCUUUCCAUAUGGAAACCGGGUUGCAGGCAGCAUUAAAAUUAUCAUAUCAUAUCAACCCCAGUCACAUUUGAUGACGUUAUCGAGUUUCAAUAGCAGUAGCCGACUGGUUCAUAUUAGGUCUUGACAAGUUGAUCGUGUUUUGUUUCCAAACUUACUUUGUGACUACUACCUAAUUCGUAUGAAUUAUGUUAAAUGAUUAGCCAAAAACACAUAAGAUUCUGAAUUCUGUUACCGAAAAUCUUUCGGCACCCGAAAUUAUUGUAGCUUUUG